GGCAGUGGGCUGGUUUAUCAGUCGGUUGGCAUUAGUUCUUUUCAUUGUUAUACUAUCGUUAACCCUUCUUUUCUAUAUAGAGUCUAGUUUUUGAAAUUUCAUUCGCUCAGUUUUAGGAAGGAAGAGCAAACGUCGCACCUGCCCUCGGGAGUAGUUUGGAGCUGCUCUGUUCGUGUACCGGGGCAGGCGCACGACUAUGCGACACAUUUACAUUCACUGAGAGACAGCAAGAAGUGUUUUCACUCUAGAAAGAACAAUCUCUGUCAUAUCAACGGGAACUGUACAGAUUUAACCGUACACCAAGAGAAAUCACAGUAGCCUACCUGGACUAUUACAGCCACAUCCAAAUAUAAAGUGACAGCUGAUUGUACGGAAUAUCCGGCGGAACGUUAUUUUAACGGACGAAAUGACUCCCGUUCAAACCGUCUUCACUUUCCAGCUGCUUCUUAAUUUCGUCUCAAGUGGGUUGGUAAAUGGAUCUCGUCUGCCUGAUCCACAGCUGCUUCCUGCCGAAGACACACACCUUCAGCAUGUUGGUGGCACACUCACUCUCAUCUGCAGAGGAUCAACUUCCCUGCACUGGAGGCUAGCUAACAGAAAUGUGUCAUCGGUAUGGAUUGAGCUGUGUGAGGAGAGAAUGCACAAGUACUGCAGCAAGCUGGUCAUACACAACCUGAUGCACAACGACACUGGCUUCUACACAUGCGGCGGUCACCAAAAGUCUAGAGAUCAUGAGGUGUCCACAUAUGUUUUUGUUAAAGAUCACAAUAAUCCAUUUGUGGAGGAUUACAGUUCACCACACCUGCUUUUUGCAUAUCGGGAUGAACCUUUUUUUGUGGUCCCAUGCAGAACAACUUCCCCAAAUCAACAUGUUAUCCUUGAGACUAUGAAUCCUAUGGCAGAUCAUGUAAAAAGUGGGGUGGAGUGGGAUCCAAAGAGAGGAUUCAAGAUUCCCUUGAAAUCUGAUGACAGCUACCAACUGAUUACGUGUAUGACCAGUGUGGAUAACAAACAAUUUACAUCAGACUACAUCCUUUUAAGGCUAACGUUGGAGCUGAAAAACAUUGCCAUCAAGCCAGAACGACCAAAAUUACUGGUCGGUGACACCCUGGUCCUCAACUGCUCUGCAGAGACCACUUACAACGGCAGAAUUGAAUUUGAGUGGCAGUUCCAUAAGGGUCGGAUCAAUCGCACUCACCAUAAUAACAAGACAAGGGACCAACCUGGCCAAAUCAUCAUGAUGACUAAUGCAUUAACCGUGCCUAAUGUGACAAUGGAGGACAAGGGCACAUAUGUGUGCAUAGCAUCAAAUGAAGAGAAAAGGCAUCAAGUUUCAACUAAAGUUACUGUAUACGAGCAUCCAUUCCUUAAUGUGACCCAUAAUAAACGCAAAUUUAUCUCUACUGUAGAGGGUAGAAAGGUGCAGUUUGAGCCACGGGUCAAUGCCUUGCCCACACCAGACCAAGUGUUGUGGUACAAAGAUGGAGUUGCCAUUUCAGAAAAUUCCACAUGUUAUGAGACAGCCGGCUACAACCUCACCAUAAAACAAGUGAGGCAGAAGGAUGCUGGGAUCUUCACUAUCGCUCUGUCAAACCAGGAGAAAGGUCUCUACAGAAACCUCAGCUACAAGCUGGAAGUCAGAGUGAAGCCAAAGAUCUUUGAGGAGGAUGUGGCUCCAGGUGGCCCACAAACUUACAAAUAUAAUGAGGGGCACCAACUCAGCUGCACUGCAUUUGGGAUUCCCAUGCCAGACAUAACCUGGUUUUGGCAGCCGUGUGACCCCAGACCUGAUCUUACAGAGUGCAAACUUUACACUGAUCCUCUUCCUGUUGGAGAUGCCACUGAAUCACACAACCAUUAUCCUCAUAAUCUGAUUAAGGAUGUCAGCAACAUGGUUGAAUUAUUAAAAAGUAAAAAUCAGACACAGCCGUUUGAGAUUAGGCCCUCGACAGCUGUUGCAGGAGAUGACGUUACAUUGACCUGCAGAGGCACAAGAUACCUCUACGACAAGUUGCAUUGGUAUGGUCCACUGGGCCGCAUAGUGCCCAAAGAUGAAACCUCUCUUUGGAUCGAGCCCUACACCAUAUCUUUGUCCAUCAAGUUGCCCAGUGUCUCCAGAAACCACACUCUGGGCUAUGAAUGCCAGGCUUUAAACAUCAACUCCAAUAAAGUGGUCAAUACAACAUCUCUUUUGACUAUUAAUGAGAGGCAAAGGCCCACGCUGAUGCACAAUCUGACUAAUCAGGGUGUGAACAGCAGCAGCACCCUGAUUCUGGCCUGCUUGGCUAAGGGUGUGCCAGAACCAGAUAUCAAAUGGUACAAAAACAAGACUCCUUUCACAGAGGGACCAGGUAUCACUCUAAAAGAUGGUGUUCUGAUCAUUGAGAGGGUGAAGAAGGAUGAUGAGGGCAUUUAUGAAUGUCAUGCCAGCAAUGAUGGAGGGGAAGCAAUAACCAGUGCAGUCAUUACUGUAUUGGGAGAAGACAGUAAACCAAAUAUUGAGGUGAUCAUUUUAGUGUCUACUGGAGCAGCAGCAACAUUUCUUUGGAUAAUGCUUAUUCUCUUUAUCCGUAAACUAAGAAAGCCAAGUUCAGCAGAUUUAAAGACAGGGUACCUGUCCAUCAUCAUGGAUCCUGACCAGAUGCCCCUUGAUGAGCAGUGUGAUCGUCUGCCCUAUGACAGCAACAAAUGGGAGUUCCCCAGAGACCGCCUCAGACUCGGUAAAACUUUGGGCCAUGGAGCAUUUGGAAAAGUUGUAGAGGCCUCUGCAUUUGGCAUAGACAAGAUUUCUACUUGCAAAACGGUGGCUGUGAAAAUGCUGAAAGCGGGAGCUACAAAUAACGAAUGGAGAGCUUUAAUGUCUGAACUGAAGAUUCUGAUCCAUAUUGGUCAUCAUCUCAACGUGGUCAAUUUGCUCGGAGCCUGCACAAAGCAAGGAGGUCCGCUAAUGAUAAUCGUGGAAUACUGCAAGUAUGGAAAUCUUUCCAACUACUUGAGAAGUAGGAGGGGUGACUUUGUGGUAUACAAGUCUCAGGACGUUAAGGCUCUGCGUUCCAGCUCCGGGUGUGAUCUGAGCGAGCUCAUCAAGCGCAGGUUGGAGAGCGUGGCCAGCACCGGAAGUUCAGCCAGCUCCGGCUUCAUUGAAGAUAAGAGCUACUGCGACUCGGAGGAAGAGGAGGAAGAGCAAGAGGAUUUGUAUAAGAAAGUGCUCACACUAGAAGACUUGAUUUGCUACAGCUUUCAAGUGGCUAAAGGCAUGGAGUUCUUGGCUUCAAGAAAAUGUAUUCACCGUGAUCUGGCCGCACGUAACAUCCUGUUGUCUGAAAACAACGUAGUAAAGAUUUGCGAUUUUGGACUUGCAAGAGAUGUAUACAAGGACCCAGACUACGUCCGCAAAGGAGACGCCAGACUUCCCUUAAAGUGGAUGGCUCCAGAGGCGAUAUUUGACAAGAUCUAUACCACUCAGAGUGAUGUGUGGUCUUUUGGAGUGCUUAUGUGGGAGAUCUUCUCUCUUGGUGCCUCCCCUUACCCUGGCUUACACAUUGAUGAGGAAUUCUGCUGCCGACUAAAGGAGGGCACCAGGAUGAAAGCUCCUGAAUACUCCUCCUCUGAAAUAUAUCAAACCAUGUUAGACUGCUGGCAUGGAGAACCAUGCAAGAGGCCCACUUUCACAGAGCUGGUAGAGAGGCUAGGAGAUCUGCUACAAGCUAGUGUACAGCAGGAGGGAAAGCACUACAUCCCAAUCAACACAGCCCUAUUGACCAAAGCAGACCCCUCAAACAUGAGCCCCACAGAGGAGACCUCCAUCAGACCUGCCUCUCUUAGAGACUCUGGGAUGGCUUGGAACAUCAAGAUCCGCCCAGCGAGUGUGAAGACCUUCGAUGAAGUAAUCGUGGAGAAUGGAACCAACAAGAUCGAUGAGGAAGGGCAGUCAGAUAGCGGAAUAGCUCUAUCUUCAGAUGACCUGAAGACACUGAAGUGUCUGGAGUCACUGGCCAGACCCCGGAGUUUAAUGGCCCGAGCGAUGAAGAGCAAAAGUAAGGAGUCAGUUCUGCUGGAGGGCGAAAAGGAGAAACACCCACUACUUGUUCCCUCAUUGGACUUGAGUCUGGAGGACUCCUCUCUCGACCCGGAGCUGGAAUGUCAUAGCCCACCUCCAGACUAUAACUAUGUGGUCCGUUACUCCACACCACCCGUCUGAGUUGAUCUCCACUCUUUAGUCGCCAGAAGUCUCACUCAGUUUUGGAGGAUCUGAUUGGUUGCGUCCAUUUUGUCUCUGCACAUUAGAUCUGUUUUAUAUUUUCCCCCACUUCUUUCCAUUCCACUUUAUCCUGAUACUGGAAUGGCCAUUCUGAGUUUCACAUUUUCUCUUUCUGUGCACUUUUUCAAGGUAGUGUGUGAAUACAGUGGGCUGCCACUUAUAUCAUAAAUAUGGACCACCUCAGAUAUUCCUGCUGUCUACUGUGAACACAACAAGCACAUUUUAUUACAGUAACAGCACUGUUUUUCCCAGUGAAAUGGCAUUUUUCAUACAGAAUGGUGGCUAAUUAUGAAAUCAUUUGUUCGGCGGUUAGAAUGAGGACAAAGGCAAUUCUUAUUUUAUUCUAGAUAAAUAUUUUAUUGUAAUGAAAACUGGAAUUUUGGUUAUAUGAUAUUUUAUUUUUAUUUUGCUAAAAUUAUUUCGGAGCUCACUAAAGCCCUUUUUUUUUUUAGGAAAAUAUUUUUCUUUAGAAUAAAUUUCACUCAUAUUUUACUCUGUCAGACAAACUGUCAAACAAAGACCACAGAUCAUGAAUAAUUGAAUGUGUGGUCUGAAAUUCCUUCCCAGAAAUUGCAGGACACAUUGAUCAUCAACACAAAGGAUGCACAUUGUGUUUCCAGGUUCUUUCACGCCAGUCUGAGGGCCGCUUUCCUGAGUCUUGCUCAUUGAAGCUAAAAUGAAUCACUUUUGCUCCCGCAUAUAGUAUUUUUUAUCAUCAUAGCUUUUAAUCUGGAUCAUUUUAAAGGAAUUAGCCAAGCUUAACAUCUUGGACUGCUUACAUAUGGCAGGACAGAAUGGCUUAUGGGUGCCUAACAUCCAGUCUGUCACUGUGAAAAAGGUUUCAAAAGCCUUAGCAAGUAAAUUAUUCAUGCACAUUUAAUAGGAAACAUUCUGUUAAUUAUUGAUCAAAUUUGGACCACAAUUAAACAGCCUUUCUCUGUUCAACAAUAGUUACACUGCGUUGUGUACUUUCCAUAUUUAUGUUGUUUAUACUACUGUAUACAUAACAGCACGUAAUAUGUUGUGCAGCUAUUAACCAGAGGAACACAUUCUGUUACUGAUUCAGUCUUUUAUGCUAAAAUACUACUAAAGGUUGCAGGGCAGGCUAUAAUAUUGUCAACAGGCUGGUCACUAUAUAAAUGGUCAUGAUAAUUAUAGUAAAAGCAUGUGCACACAUGUAGGUGCUAUCAGUAUUAACUCCUUAAUAUGGAACAGGUGGGAAAUCAUUGUAUUGGUUAAAUCAGAUCUGACAGUUGUAAAAGCAAUUAGGCCCGUUAUUGCUAAUUAUUGUUUCAAGUCCAAGUACUACAUUCAUAGCUGAGGAACUGUCUUCCAAAUAAUGAAAUGUAUAUACUGCCAAAUGAUGCUUUCAAUAAUGUUGUUAUUUUGACUGACUGGUAUUUGUGAAGUAGAAUUGUAUGCACUGAUAUUUUCUACAUACAUUUUUUUGUAUUAUAAUUGUAUUUUAAUAUUAACCAAGCAUAAAUAAAGAUCUAUAUAU